GUACUGGGCUGGCUCCCAGCCAGUGGUAGAAGCUGAUGGGUGGAACAAACGGGGCAUAAAAAGACUAAUAUGACUAACGGAUCCUGGAUGCGUGGUACCCUUAUUUGGAUCUACAGGAAUGUAGGCUCUAGCAGUUCUGCAGCUCUACCAGCCUUUUGCCUGACACUGGAACUGCUGCUCACAAAGUAGAAUCCUGCUGCUCUGUGGUAGGAAGGAUAGAGAAAGAACAUGGCCUGCAUUUUGAAGAGAAAAUCCAUUGUUGCUGUGAGUUUCAUUGCAGCAUUCCUCUGUCUGAUCAUCAUUCGUCUCACAAAUGAAGUUACUUUCCCUUUGAUCCUAAACUGCUUUGGACAAACCAGUGUCAAAUGGAUGCCAUUUUCUAAUGGUCAAAGGCAGCCUCUGAGAACUCACUAUGGAUAUAUAAAUGUGAAAACACAAGAGCCUCUACAACUUGACUGUGACCUCUGUGCCAUUGUUUCAAACUCGGGACAGAUGGCUGGCCAGAAUGUAGGAGCUGAGAUAGACAAGUCCUCCUGCAUAUGGAGGAUGAACAAUGCUCCCACAAAGGGCUAUGAGCAGGAUGUGGGGAAGAGGACAACCAUAAGAGUGGUCUCUCACACAAGUGUGCCUCUCCUACUCAAAAAUCCCGAGUACUUUUUCAAAGAAACCAACAACACUGUUUACGUGAUCUGGGGACCUUUUCGAAACAUGAGGAAGGAUGGAAAUGGCAUUGUGUACAACAUGCUGAAGAAAACUGUUGACAGCUACCCAAUGGCCAAAAUCUAUGUGACAACAGAAAAGCGCAUGAGUUACUGUGAUUCAGUAUUUAAGAAGGAGACAGGGAAAGACCGAGUCCAGUCAGGUUCGUAUCUGAGUACGGGUUGGUUUACCUUAAUUUUGGCUAUGGAUGCCUGCUAUGGAAUUCACGUCUAUGGGAUGAUAAAUGACACCUACUGCAAGUCAGAAGGCUUUCGUAAAGUUCCCUACCACUAUUACGAGCCAGGAAGAGAUGAGUGUGAAGAAUACUUUCUGCAUGAAAAUGCUCCGUAUGGAGGCCACAGGUUUAUCACAGAAAAGAAAGUGUUUGCUAAAUGGUCCAAGAAGCAUACAAUAAUAUUUACACACCCCAACUGGACAGUGUCCUGAUACUGGUUUUCUUAACGCUCCCUUAACAGCAUAUUACAAAAAUGUCUCAGUUUACAGUAAUUUUGCUUACACCCGGCUGGCCUUUCUCAGCCUAGGUAACACUAAACUAAAAACUAAAAGAAGACAAAGAUGGUGAUGGUUCAGCUGUUAAGCAAAAUUAAUCAUCUGUGGAAAGUAGAUACAUUGUUAUUUCUUAGGGUUUUACUCCACACAAUGCACUUUAUACUUUAACUGGAUUUUACUUCAAUGCAGUAGCAGUUAAAGACAGAUGAGAUUUCCUGUAUAUACAGGUGCACACAGAGAACAUGGUGGUCCUUUAAAACUUGUCCAUCAUCUUAAUUAAUUAAAAUUAGUAUUUGUAGCUCAUUUGCAGUACUGCAGCACUAGUUCCAUUUGCAGUAUUAGUAGAAAUUUUCCACAAGAUAUACAAGGAAAAAUACAGACCUCCAAGGUCUGUGAGUGAGUAAAUUUUAAAAACCAUCUGAAUACAUUGAUACAUGUGAGCACUUGCAUAUAUGGUAAAAUUAGAGAUGAGCUAGACAUGGUUCUUGAACUGCACAUAACUUCUGCAUGAGAAGAUAUUAUUUACUCAAGGCUCCUGAUUAAUUGAUAACUUCUGAAAUGCAGCUCCCUUCCACCCUGUUCAGGCUGCAUCAUCUUGAACGAUGUGUUUUGUACUUUUUGAGGCUGUUAUACCACAGUUUAGCUCCAGCAGCAUGGCACUUGGCAAAGACUGUUUUGCAGCCUAUGCUGAACCAAGCCUGCUAUCAGUACCCAAGCUGGUUACUGUAGAUCUGUCUCACAAACAUCUCCAUUUACUCCAGUUGUGCCUUUGAGCUGCUCCAACAUCCAAAUCCCAGUACUUUGACAGCAUUUCCCAUGCAACCAUCCUAACUUUUUAAUUUUAAAUCUCCACUUUCUCCAUCUUUAAAAGCAGGACAGUAUCUAUCUACCUCACAAGGGAGUUGUGAGGAUUAAUUUAAGUCCAUAAAGCACUUCCCUGAGGAAGAAUGCUACGGAGCAUUUAUUCUUAACACAGGAACAGUGGUGCUUGUCAUUUAUUCUUGUCUGUUGGGUAUUUGAAGAAAGUGUCCAAAAUCUGGUGUUGUUCUGGUGGCAUCCACAUUCCUGCUGAGGAUAACAUGUAAUAUUGAGCUCUCUCAGCUUGUAUUGCUUUAGAUGGAGUUGAAAGAAAUCACCACCUCACAGUAUUAUCUGCACAUCAAGGGGCAGUUCAAGAAUUAUAAAAUAUACUCAUCUCUAGUUGAAAUACAGAUUUCCAACCUUACUCUCACAGAAAGUUUUCAACUGCAGCAGACUCAUUUGUAAUAUGAUCAUAAUUCAAUUACACAUGUGAGUUUUAUUUAAACUGUAUUUAAAUUAAUGCUUUAAGUUUAGAAUGUGUCCUACAAAUAUUUUAAUAUCUAGAAUGUCAGAUUCAACACUGUAAUAGCCAAUACUGUGAACACUUGAAAGAAUUACGUGUGGAACAUGACACACAGGGUUUACUCACACUACUUAAACAUUAACUAACAGGAAACUUUGUAUGCUUUUGUAAAUCAUGAAAAAGGGAAAGGAAAAAGCUAUUUUUACAUGUAAGUAUUUGUAUACUGACUAUUUCCUAUUGUAAAUUUGUAUAUAUAAAUUUAUAUUUUAUAUGUUCAUGGCAUAUAUAUUCUCUCAUUAGCAGCUGCAACUCUUAGUGUUCCAUCUCCUGAUCAUUGGUUUCUUGUUCCUGUUGGUAGAUAAUUCCAGGGUAUCAUCUCUCUUGCCUCUUCUAUUUUCUACUGUAAAUGCAGCUUUCUGGUUUUAUUUUUAAUAUAGCUCAGCUUUCACUGCUUACUUUAGGGCUGUAAGUGUUCAUGCUGGUUGUCAGACAAAGGCUGGAGCUAUGCUUAUGAUCCUGGAUAAAUGUCUAUAUUCAUAUACAAGCUCUUUCCCAGACUUCUGGUGUGACUUGAUAUCUCACCUUCCUGUUUGGUAAAGGAGAACAAUAAUAUUUUCCUACUCCCUGUCUUGACUGACUUUCUUGUAAGCUCUUGAGAUGGAUGCUCUCAUUUGCAAUCUAUUUGUAUAAUGCCUUGCUGAAGAGGUGCCCAAAGUUUCUGAAGGCUACAGGCUAUGCUAUAAUAUACACAUAAUUUGAAGUGGCUGCUUCUUGUCCCUGGAGUUUAAAAUCAAUCGUAGGCUAAUAUAGCAUAGAAUGAAAUCAAGAAGGGGAAGGGUCAUGGAUGGAUGAAGAGUUGUAAUAGCAAAAUACAGUGAGCUAGAUUUAUCGCCAUAUGCAUAUGCAUCUCUUCAGCUGAGAUGGAUGGCUGGAUAGAUGGAAAGCUAAUAAAAAAAAAAAAUUCUAAUGCAGGAUUUGAAGAAUGCAGAACAUGCAGAAAUAGGGAGAAUGUUCCACACACAUUGUACAGGGCACCCUGGGAAAACCUAUGGCUCCCUUGUGGGAAGAGGAGCUGAAAAGAACAUCAGUCAAAUUGAACCCGUAUUUAGAAGGUCUUUGGGUUAAUAGAAGGGUACUGUAAAAGUGCUGCACAUGAAAGUGCAGUUGGGCUGGACAGGCUUACAUGAGAGGUGGCCUCAUGAAGCAGAGUCUUUCUACCCAACAAACACAGCAUAAGGAUUCUGCCCAAAUUGUGUUCACAUGCAAGGCAGCUUUUAAGUCUGAGAAAGUUUUUAAGAUAAUUAAGACUUGCCAAAUCACCAUAAAUCUGUUGUAAAAUCUGUGCUUCAUACUGAAGCUUCUUGUAGAGCUGCUUACAUGCUGUAUGAAACAAUAUCUCAUGCAAAGGGUAGCUAAGAAAAAUACAGCUCUAAGAACAGCUAAAUGUGCAGCAAAAUUGAGAACAUCAUUAGAGUGCAGUUGUCACAGAGCAAAAUAAAAGUGUUGCUCUCUGCUUGGAUCCACAGUAAGAGCAGAUCCACUUUUAGAAACAUUGCAGCAGACUUCAUUCACACUUGAGUAAAUGAACAUCAGUUCCCUUAUUUAAAUGAGCCCGUCUUUAGUAUAAACUAAACACAUAUUUGCAUGAUUUUUAUUAUAUGAGUAAGGAACUGUGACCACUGUGUUAAAGAUGAUUCUACAAAGAAAUAACUGCUGAAAUCUGUUAAAGAUCAGCACUGUGGUACUGAAGAAAGAAUCUCAGUACUUGGUUGUGUAGUAAGAGACCUUGAUGAUUCACCUCUGACAUCAGUUAAGACAUCAGCUGAGAAUCAUUUAUUAAUUCUUUAAAAUAAACCCUGCUACAGUUCACCUGAAUGUAAUCAGAUCCUAACUGCUUAUUCAUUCAAACAGUCCUAGUUAAAUCAACUACUCAUUUAUAAAACAGGCAGGGAGUUUACCUGAGGUUUUCAAAAUAGAUCUGCAUAUUACUGCUAACAGAAGAAAACUCACGAAUCAUUUGGCAUUUUUAUCCAUCAUCCAGCUAAGUAGUCACCAAUGUUUUUCUUUUAUAAUGUAGUUAUUUCUUUUAAAAUACCCAUUUUGAAGGGGGGGGUGGGGGGUGGGGAAGCAUAUAUUGUUUGGGUUGCUGUAGGCUUGGUACUAAUAAAUGUUUAAAUUUUAAUACACUUUAUGUUUUAUGUUGCAUUACCAUCUGAUAUUUUUUUCAAGGAAAAAAAAUUAAAUAGGAGCAGAAAUUUUCCUAAGGAAAAAACCAAAUCUUUUUGACUGGCUAAUUACUAAUUCACAGGUAAUUAACUAAGUAACAUAACAAAUGGGUUUUGUUUUUCCAAACAGACACAGCAGACAUAAUCCCAACUUUUUCAUCCCCACUACAUGUCCAGAGCGCAUGCCUCUGCUUAUAACAAGGCCCCUUCACAGAAAAAAAAAAAAAAAAAAAAUAGUCUAUGUAUCCAGCCAAAUUCCCUUUCCAUCUGGGCUGGGAGGCUCCAUCUGCAGACUGUUUGUAUCAGUUACAUCAGUAAGCAGGAAGGACUGAGGAAGAGCUCUACUUAGGAGCAGAUGGUGUUCCAACUUCUAAAAAAUGCCCCUAAAGGGCUCCAGGAGAGGAGUACCCAUUAAUCUCUUCUGGAAAUACUUCACUGAAGUAUCUAAUUUCUUCAAAUGUGUUUAGCUCCUGUGUAAAACUAUUGUCCUCUCUCCAGUAGGAAUUACCAGCAAUGGGAAAAUAUGCCCUUUACAGGAAAAAAAUAGAGGAAAAUUCGUGUUGCUAAAGAUUUCUGUGUAAACAGCACCAGGGAUGAAGAAGUCAGCCUGACACAAAUUAUCUGAAGACUCACUGAUUUAGGAAUCUCUGAGGACUCAAUUCAAAAUUAAUGGAAAUCACUUUGGCCAGUUCAUGAACACAGCACCCAUCCCAGUAAAUCUUUGCACUCUUGGGCACUAAGGUAAGCAGUGGUUUGUCUGAGAAGUACCAUGUGCACGUAACGCAUUACAUAGUUAAUAAAGAGGAGCCCAUCCAACACUUGGAUGGCUGAUGCAGAUGGUCUUUGUUUAUCUGCUCAUGGGCUGAACAAAAGUAGGACCCCAUGCAAAGACAGCUGGCAGCAGAGUACAGAUGCUCAACCAGAGGACAUGUCUAGUAAGUAAGAAUUAAAUAAGUAAUCGCUCAUUAAUUAUAACUGGAUGGUAUCCUUAGUAGGUAGAAAAUCAGAAGCACUCUGCUUAUUGAUACUUAUAUUUUGCUGACAUAUUUUUUCUGCAUGUAUCUCAGAAAUAGUAUAUGUUUUUAGUUGGACUUGAGCAAGUUUGGGGUUUGUUUAUGACGAACCAUAGGGUACCCACAAGACUGAAACUCUGUGUUAAUGCCAAAGAAUCACACGGGAGCUGUCUGUGGGCAUUGUGAUGUACUGCGUACAACAGAGAGUCAUAUAUUUACUUAAAAAGUCCUGUUUUUCCUGACUAGGUGUAGUUAUUUUGACGACAAAGUGUUUCAUUUUCAGCAGAUGUGUCUCAUUCUGUUCCCUCUUUCCUGAGAGGACACACAGGGAUGUGACUUAACCAUGGGGGAGUGAAGAAUGAUAUGGUAAAUAAUCAACCACCAGAUUCACAUCUAUUUUUCUGGCUAUUACUGUGAUGUAUAGCUAAUGACACAGAGAAAAGCAAGGGUUUUGUACACCUUGUAUUGCAUAAUCUACAGAAGCUUCAUGUGUCUAUUCUGGAUUAGAGUUUCCUAGGCAAACCCUCCAGAAAGGGGCUGAAGAAGAAAGAGGCCUCUCUCCAUUGAAAGAAAGGGCUUCUGUGGAAGCCAUAAUAACCUGCAUGGCAUACCUGGGCUUGCUGCUUCAGCUUUUGUAGGCUCCCCACCCAGCCACAGCCCUUUCCAGCUCCAUUGGAUGAAGCAUAUUCUCCAGCUGAUUUAUGCAGCCUGUGAUGUGCACAAAGUCUGCCCCGUCCUCCCCUUCUGUGGGGCCAGGGGAGCAGUGAUGCUAACCUAGGCGUGAGGAUUGACAGGUGUCAGAGCAGGGAUGCUCUCUAGGUAGCAGAAUGAUCUUGCUUCAGGCAUGGUUUCACCUCAGGUGCUGAACUCAUUUUCUUUGAAUGUGGUGGGAAAGAUAUCACUGGGUUUUUUUAUUGUUUUUGUGAUUAACUCACAAAGAGUCACCAUUUUAUGAGUGUGUUAAACAGCUGGUUUUGUGUCUUUUUUGCAUUGCUUGCUGCUGUUUCUGGGAAUUCCUCAAGAUAUGCAGCUGUCAGCAUUUGCCACUGCUGUUCUGAUUUACUGGCCAUAAAGAGACCAUAAACUUGAACUAAUGCAUGUUCUUACCAUGUAUUAUGCAUGAUGGCAUGUUACACAAUUUAUUCUCGCACUAAAAUAAUGUAAAUUGAGUGUAAACUUAGUUUAAGCAGCAGAAGUAGUGCUUUUUCUUUCUCUCUUAUCAUGUGUUGCCCAGAGCACUUUCCUGGACCUCUGUAAGUGACAUUAGCAGCUGGCAGCAAAUAAAUUGUCGAAACCAGUCAGGAAAUGUUUACUAAAUUUGACAUCUUUUCACUGGAAUAUCAGAAAUAGUUAAACUUGCUUUUGUGAACCUACUCUAAUGCUCAAAAUCACAAUUCUAUGUUCCGAUAUAAAGAAAUCUCACAUCUAAGUGUAACACUGCGAAUUACUUUAUUGACACAUAGUGUUAAGAUGUUAGCAGGGCAGUGAUCACAAAUUUUUGACAUUUAUAGGAGUAUCUUCUUAACGGGAACUGCACAUGUAGAAGAUUGGUUGAGAUGCCUGUAGUUUUUUCAUAUUGUUGCUGCUGAAAAUAGUAUUUCUGAGGAUGGCCAGAGGAAAAAAAAAAAAAAUUAUGUACUCACUGCUUUUUUGGCUAUUCAUCUAUCCCCUCAAACACAUAUGCAAACACAAAAAGUGUCUAUAGGUAAAGUCUUUUUUUCCAGAUAGUGGCAAGUAAGAACAAAUAAGACUAUUCUACAUGGUAAAUAUAGGUUAUAGUACUUUUUGAUUCAUGUUUAUUCUGUGUAUUUCCAAAGCUUAUGAUUACAUUAGUGAGGCAGUAGCUCAGCUGGGUCAGAUCUGUAGCCUGACACUGUUGGUGCUAAGGACCUGAUCUCCACACCCUGCACCAUCUCUAGUUUGGUCCCGUGGGUUGAAUGCCACUAGUGACUGGAGCACGUCUUUUAGUUUCAUCCAAAGGGAAUCUAGUUCACAUCCUUAGGACCACUCCGUCAUUCAAAUUAAAGCUUGUUAAGUGAGGCCACUGUAUUGGACUGCCCCACAGGAAAGUGAAAUUUCUGCUAGCCCAUCUUUUGGCUAGAUAGAAGCAUUUUCUUGUUGGUUUUUUUUUUUUUUCCCCGUCUCAGGCUUUGCAUAGGUACUUUUUGCAUAGGCAUUUUUCCUUCAAAACUGAGAUCUGAUUCCUUCUGUCAGAUCAUGGGAAUCAAGGGCUCCUAAAUCCUUCUAAAAUUAGCAUCCAAAGAUGCUCCAUAGAUCAGGAAUGUGGUAUAAAAUGGAGUAAUCCAUCACGGGUACAGCGUGGAAAGUGCUUAGUUUGAUGAAGAGUUAAUUCCACUUUUGGAUGUGAUUUUAUCAUUAACAUGUUGGAUGGUUUUUUAUAUACCAAAUCACAUAUAAAAAAUCCCUUCAUCACUUUCCCAGGUUAUUUUUGUUCUCGUGGCCUUCCAGAUGUAUGUGUGUACAUAUGCUUGUGUGCGUGUACAUACAGUGUCCAAGCAUUCUUCUGUUCUUAGACAGUUGCUACUAUAUGCUGCUAACAUAAACUUACUUAGAAAGUUCAUGUUACGCUAUUUAUUACACGUAUUCUUUGGUUGCCUUUUUGUAAUGCUGACAAGUGUAUUCAUAAUAGAUAUCACUGUAGACUUAGAAAACUUUCAUACUAUUUAUACUUAUUUUAGAUGUUCUGCCAUGUGUUUUCUUGCUAUGUGCUACUUAGUUUUUGCUCCCAUUUGGAGAAUGUGCUUCUAUGUACUUGCAAAAUUGUGCCUGGGUUAUUUUAAAAUAUGAAUAAAUGCGUAAGAUUUGCCAA